AUGUCUUCUUUCUUCCAAAAACAUAUCAAACGUGCUUCUCAGGAGGCAAAGCAAGAGUUCCAAGGCACACCGAAAGAUCCAGUGACUUCCGCUAGGCACAGCCAGCCGCUGAACAUUUUCAAACGGUCGGUCUCGAACUUGCGUGUGACGAAGUCUCUCAAAAAGUCGACAAGCUCCACAUCCACCAACCAGUCAACGAGCAAUAGCCUCCGCAAAAGGGUCGAAGAAGUCAGGAGUGAAGUGCUACCAGGAAAGAAAAGAUCGACAGUUGAGAAUGAGAAGCGCCUUCUGAUGGACGAAAACGCACAUGUGCCACAAAAACAAGACAGGCCUCCAGACCUCAGGCUUGAGUACUCGAACUUCUCAAGCUUUGAGAAACUGACCCCAGACAGUAGUGGGUUAGCGACGCUUGAGUCAAGCCACCCGACAACACCAUCCCCCGCAAAGCCGUCGAAGGAAAGCGCAAUUGGGGCCUCUGAGCUAUCUGAAGAGGACAUGGGGCAAAGAAACUCAACAGUGAGGCGAAAGCCAAUUCCUCUGAAUCAAAAGCCAAGCCUAGACUGUUUCACGAUAUCACCACCAAUGUCACCAAACACGUCAUCCGUACAAUCCUCAGCUGAGAUGCAUCCACCGCUAGCUGUUCUGACAAAUCGACCUGCCUCUGUACAAAUGCCUAUACCACGGAGAAGAUCAUCUCUUACGGCAUUACACCUCGACAGCUCGCAUUUCGAUCGGCCUCUUUCUUCAAGAGAUGGCACAAAGCAUCGAGCCAGUACUCUUACAAACACCUUUCCCCAAUUUUCGCCAAUUAAUCUCGCCCCUCUGGAGAAGGCAGCACUGCGCCCUACCUUUUCACCGCCUUUGCGACCACCUGUAUCGAAUGGAAGGCCAGCCUCAUCGUCUUCCAUGGCACUCUCAACAUCUAGUCCAGCACCACCAUUCAUCCAUCUACCCAAGACCUUUCCGAAUGGUCCUGUGGAGGUACGAGCACCUUCUUUGAGAGACAGCCAUCACCACUGCAUUCAAGGCCACCGUAAAAUGCCGCGCAGUAACAACAAAAUCUGCCCUACCCCGUUUCUCGACACGGGGAAGAGAGUUGGAAAGACUAUUGGUGUGGGUUGA